CCCUAUGGCGCCUCAAUAUUCGGCUUAUACAUCCCUUAUGCACGUGUAAACAAACAUUUGAGUUUCCUUGGGCAGAGCAUCUUGGGAAUAAAUCCUGUCGCAAUAUAUAUAAGACUACUAGAGCAAUGGGAGGCCAAGGAAAGGUUAUAAGGAAGAAACGAAAGUUCCAAGGCCAUAAGGAGGAUGACCCGGAAUUCGAUUUGGCCAAAAAACACUUAAAAACUUCACAUGUACGAUCCAUGGAAAAGAGGCUAAUAAUUGUGCUCGAAGGCGCGCAGUUGGAAACAGUUAAGGUGGGCAACACUUUUGAAUUAUUAAACUGCGACGACCAUGCCAACAUAAUGCGCAAAAACAACCGAGACCCUGGCUCCUGCAGACCAGAUAUUACACAUCAGUGCCUAUUAAUGCUUUUUGACUCUCCCUUGAAUCGUGCCGGGCUAUUACAGGUUUACAUAAGGACAGAAAAGAAUGUACUUAUUGAAAUAAAUCCCCAGACAAGAAUUCCCAGGACGUUUAAAAGAUUUGCCGGUUUGAUGGUGCAAUUGCUUCACAAAUUUUCCGUCCGGGCCAAUGAUACUUCUACCAAGUUAAUGAAGGUCAUUAAGAAUCCUAUCACCGACCACUUGCCCGUGGGCUGUAAGAAGUACGCAAUGUCUUUUUCGGGAAAACUGCUGUCAAAUAUACGGGACAUAGUGCCAAAGAAGAAUGAGGAAGGUGAAGAAGAGGAGCCAAUUGUUUUAGUUGUAGGUGCAUUUGCUCAUGGUGUCCUAAAGAGUGAUUACACAGAAGGAUUAUUUUCCAUUAGCAACUACCCACUCUCUGGGGCUAUAGCAUGUUGCAAGCUGUGUUCAGCAUUCGAAGAAGUUUGGGGCAUAGUGUAGUAAAACUUGAUGAAAUAAAGUCUUUAAACAAA